GAUUGUAGCGACACCUGUAGCCGGUGUUCCUCAAGUUCACAAGCAGACCACAUUCAGCAAAAUAUGCUUACUACCUUCUCACAAAAGUCGUUGCCUUUCUUAAAGGGAACAUCAAGUAAAGUUGUGAGAUGUCUGAUUGUAUCACAGAACAGAUCUUAUGCCAGUGAAGCUGAUAAUGAUUUAGUUGUAAUUGGGUCUGGACCUGGAGGUUAUGUUGCUGCCAUUAAAGCUGCACAGCUUGGCCUUAAAACAGUAUGUGUUGAGAAAAAUGAGACUUUAGGAGGAACUUGUUUGAAUGUUGGGUGUAUACCAUCAAAAGCAUUACUCAACAACUCACAUUUAUAUCAUAUGGCUGCUGGUAAAGAUCUAAAAACUAGAGGCAUUGAAUUUGAAAGUGUCAAGUUGAAUCUUGAUCAAAUGAUGUCACAAAAAACAAAAGCAGUAAAAGCUCUGACAGGAGGAAUAGCACAUCUCUUUAAACAGAAUAAGGUAACACAUGUUCAAGGUUUUGGUAAAAUAAGUGGUCCAAAUGAAGUUACAGUAGUCAAAAGUGAUGGUACUGAAGAAAAGAUAAGCACAAAAAAUAUAAUGAUUGCAACUGGGUCUGAAGUUACACCAUUCCCUGGAAUCAAGAUAGAUGAAGAAAAAGUUGUGUCAUCAACAGGUGCUCUGUCCUUGAAAAAGGUACCAGAAAAAAUGAUAGUAAUAGGAGCUGGUGUCAUUGGUGUAGAACUGGGCUCUGUCUGGCAGAGAUUAGGAGCACAGGUCACUUGUGUGGAAUUCUUAGGUCAUGUAGGUGGUAUGGGCAUUGAUAUGGACAUAUCUAAAAAUUUCCAGAGAAUUUUACAAAAACAAGGACUUAAAUUUAAACUUGAUACCAAAGUCAUGGGUGCUUCAAUAGAUGGAGACAAUAUCAAGGUUUCUGUUGAAGGUGUUAAAAACCAGAAGAAAGAAGAGAUUGACUGUGAUACAUUACUGGUGUGUAUAGGAAGACGACCCUAUACAAGUAACAUUGGUUUAGAUACUGUUGGGUUACAGGCUGACAAUAGAGGAAGGGUAGAAGUUAAUGAGAGGUUUCAGACUUCUGUUCCUAGUAUUUUUGCUAUUGGAGACUGUAUUCAUGGUCCUAUGUUAGCUCAUAAAGCUGAAGAUGAAGGUAUUUUAUGUGUUGAGGGCAUUUGUGGUGGAGCUGUACACUUAGACUAUAAUAACGUCCCAUCAGUAAUAUAUACUCAUCCAGAGGUUGCUUGGGUUGGUAAAAAUGAGGAGCAAUUGAAAGAGGAGGGAGUAGAAUAUAAGGUUGGUAAAUUCCCAUUGGCAGCAAACAGCAGAGCUAAAACAAAUGAUGAUACAGAUGGUUUUGUAAAAGUAUUAGCAGAUAAAUCAACAGACCGAUUACUAGGAUGUCAUUUUAUAGGAUCUGUUGCUGGAGAACUAAUAAAUGAAGCUGUAUUAGCUAUGGAAUAUGGAGCAUCGUGUGAAGAUAUUGCCAGAGUCUGUCAUGCACAUCCGACCGUAUCAGAAGCCCUUAGAGAAGCUAAUUUGAUGGCUUACUGUGGAAAACCUAUCAACUUCUAAAAUCUCAUUAGACAAUAUUUUCGAAUUUAGAAAACUAUUGUUUCGUAAAACAGUAUGAAAUGAUAUUUGAUGACAACACACAGCUUAAAUCAGGUUCAACUUAUCAUCAUAAGAGCUAGUACUAUUACAUCUACUGGAUUCCAUCCAAGUUCAACUAGGUUUUCCAAUUGUGUGGGCUAUUUGUUUCAUUCAUCACUGAGGAUAAUAACAUUGUACCUUGAUGCAGCAUUCUGAUAUGAAUUAUGUGCCAAACUUUAGGAAAUGAUUUUUUUAACUCUUUUUGAAAUGUAGAUGAUUUGAAUUAAAUUUUUGAUAGCUGAUUCUGUCUUCACUAUCUUAAAGCUUGGCACAUAAUAAAAAUACUUAUAUGCUAUAUGUUCCUAUUGCUCUCUCUGCUCAAGUAUAGAGUGUUAAAUUAUAUAGUUAUAUAAAAGAAAAUUGAAGGUUUAUAGUAAAGCAGAUUAGAUUGUUUUUAGAUGUUUCUAACAGUGUCAUUAUAAAGAUGAAGUAAAGUUUUAAAAUGUUUCAAAUAAUCCUAUGCUGUAUUAAAAAAGAUCUGUCCCAUUGAAGUGCUGUUAAGUUAUUAUAUAAUUUUGUAUAGAGAAUAAAACUAAAAAAAGCUAUGUACAA